UCCCUACUACCUCAUCAGUUUUAAAGAGAAUGCUGCUCAAAAGGGUUUGCACUUUUCUGCUAUUGCUUUUCUUUUGGAAAGCUGCAAGCUCAGUGACUUUUGAUAGACACAAAGAGUUCCUAGUCGCAGAGUCAGCGAAAAUGGAUUUAUUGCAGUUGGACAGGGAACUGAUCAAUAACCUAAUUAUAUAUGCUGAGAAGGUCGAGGAAAAGGUUGCCCAGCUGCAGCGACUUGUUCGGGAGAUCAGACAACCACUUGAGGCUGCAAAAGGUGUGGAGGAGGAGUACCUGGGCAAUCCCCUCCACAGUUUUCCACUUAUCCGACACAUGUACCAGGAUUGGCACUACCUGGAAGAGUUUAUGAAGAAGUCAGUGGGAGAGGAACAAAUCGAUUUCCUAAAGAGCAAGUUACCAGAACUGCCUUGGCCGGCGGAUACCGAUGAAGCCACUCUGGCCAUUAUCCGAAUGGCAGAAGUCUACGGUAUGAUGCCCUGGGAGAUGGCCCACGGUCUCAUAGACAACGUGCGAUAUAACUCUACCCUCUCAGCUCUGGAUUGCUUUGAAAUCGCAAAGGCGUACUUCAAGCUGGGUCAGUUUAAGGAGGCGGUUCAGUGGUUGACCAACACCAGGACUCGGAUGGCAGAGCCUUCCUCGGGAGUUUAUGAGGUGCUGGGGAUGACUAGCAGAGAUGUGGCCCUCCUGGAGGCCCGCUGUUUGAUGGAAUUGGGCCUUAAAGAAGACGCUGAGGAAGUGCUCUUGGAGCAGCCCGAUCUAGCAGAGAAUUCGACUACCUUGCUGGAUCAGUUCGCGGCAAAUCCAUUCAAGGCUGUAGACUUUGGGCACGAUUUUACAGAAGAUUACAAGAGGCUGUGCCGUUCCUCUUCCCCAACGAAAUCUUCAAGGCUCUCCUGUCGCUAUAUCACUACCACGUCGCCGUUUCUGAUAUUGGCUCCACUCAAGAUGGAGGAGGUCUCCCUGGAACCUUACAUCAUGGUAUACCAUGACAUCCUGCCAGUAAAGGAUGUUGAGGAGUUGAAACUCUUGGCGGAGCACAAACUAAAACCAAUGGAGGUUUUUGGAGAACAUGGCGGUUUUGAAGGUCGCUCAGCCUUGAAAACCAUUCUACCCUACAAGGACAUGCCCCCAUCUGGGGAACUAUUGUUGGAUCGACUGACCAAGCGGAUGCGGGAUAUCACCGGAUUGAAAAUCUGUGAUAGACAUUCUGUAAACUACAUUCAGUUUGGUUUCGGGGGUCAUUACUCCUCGAAUCACCAUGACUUAUUCAACGAGUCCAAUGCGGUUCCCAAAGGUUGUAAUGAUCGGAGUGCCUCGUUUAUCUUUUACCUGGAUGAUGUCCCUCAUGGUGGUGCCACAGUUUUUCCGCGCAUUAAUGUGAAAGUAUCUGCGGAGCGAGGAAAAGUUCUUUUCUGGCGUCAUGUGAAUGGGGAAUCCCAUAAAAUGGAUUGGCACGCUUCCUGCCCUGUGUUUGACGGUUCCAAUUCGGGUAAGAAACUGAAAUUCGCCUUUAACUAUGGCUGA